AUGAAGGUUGAGUUGAAGACAUUAUCUUUUGAAAACAUCAAAAUUCAAAAUACUUCACUUGAGGGAGCAAAUUUUGUCAAAUGUGACUUGAGUGGAUCUUAAGUGGAUAAUAUCAUAAUUAGUGGAAUGAAAUUGAAUGGAGCCAAAUUAUAUAAUUGUAUAUGGAAGAACUUAAGAAUAAACGAGAUACAGAAAUCAAAAGGAAUGAUGGGAAUGUCAAUUAAGUUUGCUUUACUUCAGAUGGGAAUUCAUUAGUCUCUAGUAGACAUGAUAAUUUAAUUAGGUUGUGGAAUAUAUAAACAGGAAAUAAAAAGUCUGUAUUAAAAGCAAACAGUUAGUACUAAAUUAGCUUCUUGCAGCGAUGAUUUUUUAUAUAUAUGGAAUCAUAAAACAGGGAAAUCAAUAUCAAAAUUAAUAGGCCAUACUAAUAAAGUUUAUUCAGUCUGUUUCUCUCCUGAUGGUACUAAAUUACCAUCUAGUAGUUCUGAUACCUCUAUCCGUAUAUGGGAUGUCAAGACAGGAAAAGAAAAAGUAAAAUUAAAUGGCCAUAAAAUUAAUAUAUAUUCAGUCUGCUUCUCUCCUGAUAGUACAACAUUGGUAUCCGACCAAAUUAGAUGGUCAUACCAGUUAUGCUUAUUCAGUCUGUUUCUCUCUCCUGAUGGCAAAACAUUAGCGUCUAGUAGUUCUGAUAAAUCUAUCCGUUUAUGGAAUGUUUAGACAGGAUUAUAAAAAGCGACAUUAAAUGUUCAUAAUAGCACUGUUUCUUCAGUCUGUUUCUCUCCUGAUGGUACUUUAUAAGUAUCUGGUAUAUGA